AUUACAUAGAUAGAUAUAUAUAUAGAGAGAGAGAGAGAUAUGAUGGGCAGGUGCGUGGAGAGAGCUUUGCCCGUUGUGGUAAUGGUGUUGGUCGUAUUAACACAAGUGAUCAAUUUGAUAGUAAGCAAAAUGGCAAUGUCAAGGGGCCUCAACUUCUUUAUCCUUGUUCUCUAUGCCGAUCUUCUAUCCACCCUCAUCUCUCUCCCUUUUGCUUUCAUCUUCUCCAGGUCAAACAACUGUCCGGUGACCUUUGCUGUCCUCUGCAAAAUCUUCCUGCUCGCUUUAGUUGGGUGCGUUGUGCAGAUUUGUGAAUAUGCGGGUACAAACUACGGCUCCCCAACACUAGCUACAGCGAUGAUGAACCUCAUUCCAGGCUUUACAUUCGUGCUUGCUCUUAUACUAAGAAUGGAAACUGUGAAUUGGAGAAGUUUAAGCAGCCAUGCCAAGACCAUUGGAACAUUGGUUUCCAUUGCAGGGGCUUUUGUGUUAACUUUCUACAAUGGGCCACCAAUUCUCAAUAAACCAACCCUCCUCUUCUUAUCCUCAAAGCAAGAUUGGAUUCUUGGAGCAUUCUUGCUAGUCAUCACAGCCUUAUCCAAUGCAAUCUGGUACAUUUCUCAGGCUGCCAUUCUGAAGGUAUAUCCAGCAAAGAUGAUGAUACUAUGCUUUAUCUUCUUGUUUUCGACUAUCCAAUCUGCACUAGUCUCAUUGGUAACAGUGAGAGAUUGGACUGCCUGGAAGAUAAACCCUGACAUUACAUUAUUCGCCGUUUUCUAUACCGGGUGCAGUACUGCAUUUCGUGUGUAUUUGAUAUCAUGGUGCAUUGAGAAGGAAGGGCCUCUCUUUGUGUCUAUGUUCAAGCCUUUGGCCAUUGUUGUUGCUGCUGUGGUUGGAGUUAUUUGGUUUAGUGAUACUCUCUAUCUUGGAAGUAUUAUUGGAGGAGUGAUAAUUGUGGUUGGAUUCUACGCUGUCAUGUGGGGAAAAUCUAAAGAAAAUAUUACUAAAGUGGAAACGUUGGGAAACUCUGCAUCUUCAUGCCACAAUGCCCCAUUGUUGCAAGUUCAUACACAAAACUAAUUAACAAUAGUUAUAUCAUGGGUGAAGUGUAUAUAUGUUGCUACAUAUAUUUAAUACAUUUCUAUUUUUUUUUU